CUGCUUCAGAACCGCCUCGUGUUCAAUAAACAGAUUGGUGUGUCAAAUCUUUCACACGCCGUCGUACUCCAUUGCACCACCGCUUCCCAAGUUGUCCAGUUCCAAUAUGGCCAUCGAACCAAAGUCGUCGCAAGCGACCCUCGGUCAAGACGUGCAAGUGCUCGACCAAGAACGGAAGCAUCUCGGCAUCAGGAAGGUCGAGGCCGUAGUAGGCCUCGCAACGAAGAAGCAGACGUAUCUGCUUUACGCUGGUAUCUACCUCUACACCUUCGUCACCAACCUGACGUCGAGCGUCGGAUUCGGGCUCCAGACCUACGUGACUGGAACGUUCAUGAGCCAUUCCUCGCUUCCCAUCUUCAUGAUCUGCAACUUGAUCCUCUCGAUCGCCUUCAUUCCUCUGAUGUCAAAAUUGUCCGACACAUGGGGACGCCUAGAAUUGCUCGUGAUAUCCACAUUCGCCUUCUGCCUAGGAAACGUAUUCAUGGCGGUCUCCCCCUCAUUCGAACUGUGGCUCGCAUCAUCUCUGCUCCAAACGGUCGGCAACUCCGGUCUGCUAGCAUUCAAGGAGUUCUUCAUCGCCGAUUCCUCGACCAAUGUUAACCGUGCCCUCGUACAAGGCUUGCCGGACCUCUCCGGGUACAUCGUCGCCGGCAUCGCCCCAGCUAUUGUUCAAAGCUUUGUCGAUCGCCAAAAUUGGCAAUGGGCGUACGGAAUGUUCGCAAUCCUGAUCAUUCUUGCUGUCGCGCCUCUCGCCGCAACCUUCUUCUACCUGCAACGCACGGCAAACCGACUUGGACUGUACAAGCGCCAGGUUACCGGGAACAGAACACUUUUCCAAUCGGCCGUCCAUUUCGCAUCUUCGUUCGACUUGGGAGGGUCAAUUCUGCUGACCGCCACUCUCUUCUUGAUCCUCGUUCCCUUGCCCCUGGCGGAAACGUACACGGACCGGUACGCGGAACCCCGGAUCAUCGCGAUGCUCUGCAUUGGUUGCGUGAUUCUGCCCAUCUUCGUCUUCUACGAAAGCAGGAUCGCAAAGUCGCCGAUUGUGCCUCUGCACUUUCUGCGGAACCGAACUGUUUUGGGCGGGUGCGGUGUUGCUUUUUGGACCUGGGUCUCGUAUUACUCGUAUACGGAAAUGUUCACCGCAUACCUUCUCGUCACACAAGGCCUGAACUACAGGGACGCGGGAUACGUGGCCAGCACGUGGGGUUGGGCGGGCGUUUUCUCCGCCAUCGUUGUUGGUUUCCUGAUCAAGCGUACGAAGCACUACCGAUUAUGGGCGCUCAUUGGCAUUGCUGUAGCGAUGGUUGGGACCGGGCUGAUGAUCGCAUGGCGAGGACAUGAAAGCAAGCUGAUCUUCAUCAUCAUCGCGCAAGCCAUCGUCGGGCUCGGUGGUGGGUUCAUUAUGACCGCCGUACAAGUCGGAGUCCAAGCUGCUGUGAAGCAUACCGAUCUCGCCAAGGUCACGGCAAUUUUCCUCACGACCGCCGCCGCUGGUGGAGCUGUUGGCAAUGCGAUUGUCGGGAGCAUCUGGCGGUCUACUCUCAAGCAAUCCCUGAUGGACAAUCUCCCGCCUCAAGCUUACCAGGCUAUCCCUUUCAUCAUGGGAAGCCCAGACUACGUCGUCGGAACCUACCCGGAUCAAGCUAUGCCUGCAGAGCUGUUGCCUUUCGUCCAGGCCUCGUACGUGUACGUCCAACGGAUUCUCUCCAUCACAGCGCUGGUCGCUUUUGGACCUGCUAUGAUCGCCGUUUUCCUCAUGAAGGACAUCGAUUUGCAAGCGAAAGACGGUAUGCCUUGGUAAAUUCCGCAGACACGUCUUCGUUGACUUACUCUCCUCCUUCUCCGAUUACAGAUGAGCGCACUGCUGAGCUUGACGCAGUGGU